UAUACGCUCCUGUUCAUAUAAUACACUGCAAUUCGCCUAUCGGCUACAUUCUGUGUUUGGUGCUAGAUUGGUCAACAGUGCGGUAGUCUGUAGUGAGCCGACACCCUCCUAACUUGUACAUAUUUUUUUACACGAAAGCCUAACCCCACAACAGACUAAACAUGUGUGACGAGGAAGUUGCUGCACUCGUAGUUGACAAUGGAUCCGGUAUGUGCAAGGCCGGUUUCGCCGGUGACGACGCGCCACGUGCCGUCUUCCCGUCGAUUGUUGGACGCCCUCGUCAUCAGGGUGUGAUGGUUGGCAUGGGUCAGAAGGACAGUUACGUCGGUGACGAGGCCCAGUCAAAGAGAGGUAUUCUCACUUUGAAAUACCCCAUCGAACACGGUAUUGUCACCAACUGGGAUGAUAUGGAGAAGAUCUGGCACCACACCUUCUACAACGAACUUCGUGUCGCCCCGGAAGAGCACCCAGUCCUGCUCACUGAGGCGCCAUUGAACCCGAAAGCCAACAGGGAAAAGAUGACCCAGAUCAUGUUUGAGACCUUCAACACACCCGCUAUGUACGUCGCCAUCCAGGCUGUGCUUUCCCUGUACGCUUCUGGUCGUACCACCGGUAUUGUGCUUGACUCUGGAGAUGGUGUUUCGCACACUGUCCCCAUCUACGAAGGGUAUGCUCUUCCCCACGCUAUCCUGCGUUUGGACUUGGCUGGUCGUGACUUGACCGACUACCUCAUGAAGAUCCUGACCGAGAGGGGAUACUCGUUCACCACCACCGCUGAGCGUGAAAUCGUCCGUGACAUCAAGGAGAAGCUCUGCUACGUCGCCCUUGACUUUGAACAAGAAAUGGCUACCGCUGCUUCGUCUUCCUCGUUGGAGAAGAGCUAUGAACUUCCUGACGGCCAGGUCAUCACCAUUGGAAACGAGAGAUUCCGUUGCCCUGAGGCUCUUUUCCAGCCUUCAUUCUUGGGAAUGGAAGCUUGCGGUAUCCAUGAGACCACCUACAACUCGAUCAUGAAGUGCGACGUCGACAUCCGUAAGGACCUGUACGCCAACACUGUACUGUCUGGUGGUACUACCAUGUACCCAGGAAUUGCCGACAGAAUGCAGAAGGAGAUUACCGCCCUCGCACCUUCUACCAUGAAGAUCAAGAUCAUCGCACCACCCGAGAGGAAAUACUCCGUAUGGAUUGGUGGAUCUAUUCUUGCAUCGCUUUCCACCUUCCAGCAGAUGUGGAUCUCCAAACAGGAGUACGACGAAUCCGGCCCAUCCAUUGUCCACAGGAAGUGCUUCUAAGCGCACUAUACUGAUAGUCAUUUACCCACAUCUUCGCUAUCACCACACUAAAACGAAAAGAAAAGAAAAGAAAAAUAUAGAAAGAAAAAAGAACAACACCGCCAACUUCUAUGAGUCUCUUUACAACCAUGUGUGCUGGGCAACACCACGAUCGAUCAAUGGUAUAUAUAUUUACGUUUAAUCUGAUACAAGGUUUUUCCUUUAUAUUGGAUCAAGUGGAUUAAUUGAGAGAAGACUACAUCCUUGGAGGCUCCUUAAAGAUCCUUGCUCUACUCAUUUUUCAUCAUUUAACUAGAAACCAUUAUAUCUUAAAAGUGCUCCCAUACCUUACCCCUGAAACCCCUUUCCCGGACACCCCUAUUCUCCUCAUUUCCCUACUCCCAGUUGUAUUAUAUAUCAAAAAUAACAUACCAGCCUACGGUAGUGUAUACCUAACAUUCACUGCAUAUUAUAUUUUUCAUUGCGAUAUUUUUUAUUCGCGAAAUUUAAUUGUAUUAUUAUUAUUUUUUUUCUCCGCCGCAUUCUAUACAAGCAUUUCUAUUAUAAACAUCUUCUUCGCGAGUAUGAGUAUGAUAUUAGUCACAUUGUACAAGAUGAAUUUGUAGAUGGAGUGAGUGCAAACUUUUAAUGGGGAAUAGAAUCCAUUGGAAAGUUGUCUUAUUUUUAUUCUACAAACUGACAGAAAGCAUUGGUACGAAUAUACCACAACUAUGAUUACUCUGCUCUUGUAUUUAAAUAUAUGAUAUUUGUGUUGACUUAGAGGGCGCAUCAUUCCGGGCGGGCAGGCCUCUAUCUUAUUUUUUAAUUAUUACUGUUAUUAAUUAUUAAUUGAAGAAAGGAUUGAAAGACUCUUGUAAGGAGAGACCGCCGGCCCAAAGCAAAAUAUAUCCCACAUGCUCGCUCAAAACAUUAAACCUGCAAGCUUGAUACAUUGUGUUGAUUCGACAAUUUGUAAGAUAUUGAUAUAAAAAGAAGAAAAACGAAAAAAAUGCAAAAAUACUACUUUUCGUAAUAUUUAAUAUUAUAAUAAAAUGAGAAUAGAAACGAAUGAAAGGCGUAACAAUUUUGUAAUACUGUAGGACAACGCAAAUUUUUCAGAUGAAAAUUUUUCCAUCAUUGUACGAACAUCAUUUCAAUGUUCUUUCUUACAAAAAAAAAGAGAAAAAAAAAACAAAAAAGAAAACUUAAAGACGGUUUCUUGCCUUAGUGGGCGGGAUACUGCCAAAGUGAUUAUUAAACACUAGCCAAAGUAUUAUAAUUUAUUCCCAUUAUAUUGUGCAAGACCACUCACGUACACAAACUUAAGAAGACUACUUUAGACUUAUGGGAUUAUAAAAUAAAAAUCUUAAAAACAUUUAA